AUGUCUCAUAACAAAAACAAAAGAGCGUCCGAUAAACAGGACAAAUUACACUUUUUCGGCGCCAAACAGGGGCAAGCAAGAGGAGCAGUGAUACAGGAGCAAUCCCAAGAUGGCGCCGAGACAGACAGCGAACAAGGAACAAACAGCGAGGUUACAGGCCUAAUACUCACCACGGAGGGGCUGCAAGCUAUGUUCGAUGACAUGGUGGCGAAAUUACAAGGUACGCUGCAGCGAUCAUUUACAGACCUCUGCACCAAUAUCCACAAAUUAAGCUCCCGCACCUCGGACCUAGAAAACCACAUGGAGGCACACAACCGCCUAACUACUAAGGUGUAA